AUGAGCGUCUCAUCCUAUAUUGGGAUUGUGAAAAAUGUGGCCAAUAACACGUGGACUUACACCGACGGAUCGGCGUUGACAUAUCAAAAUUGGGCCUCAAAUGAACCAAAAAACACGACAGGGAACACGUGCACGAUAAUCGAUACCGUAACGGGCAAGUGGGUCACUACCGGAUGCACCACAGCACGUCCAUACUUUUGCUCGGUUGCCGAAACAGCCUCAAAAUGCUCAAGCGGGUGGACGUACAGUCAACAAACCGACUACUGUUAUUAUGUACAGAAUUUCACCACUCCCACCGAUUGGAAAGCGGCUGAGAAAAGCUGCAAGAAGAUGGGCGCUCAUUUGGUCUCGAUUCACUCAAAAACCGAAGAAGAUUUCGUUUAUGACUUGAUUGCCUCAAGGGUGGGCAAGAAAUCGUGUGACGAGUUGUGGGCGUGGACGGGUCUUUAUGGGACGGGCGCUACGAGAAGUGGCUCUUGGACUGACGGAUCGCCCGUCGAUUACCCAACUGACCAUGAGACAUCCUCCUACUAUUACUGGAUGAUGGGCAAUGACGCGUCGUGCAAUGAGCGUCGAUGGGAUUGGAUCCCAUCCGCCGAUCGAACCUACUCCCGUGCCGUGUGCAAAAUGGAACCCACCAACGUCAAGCAAACAAAUAGACAGUCCAUUUUCAGAAGGAUUUUAAAAGCU